AUGAGCAACACGAGAGAAGAGCGCGUAGAUAACGCUCUUCAAAAACUGCUCGAGCUCCUCGUCCCGGCACAAGCAUACCCCGACGAGCCCGAAGCGCACGCGGAUCAACGCUGGGACGAAGCCAAUGAACUUGCCCGUAACUUGCUCGAUGAUGAGGCGGAGGCAAGUGUGGCGGAGGAUGUGGGGCUUGCUGGUGAUAGGAUACAGGCGAGGUUGUUGAGGGGUAUGAGAGGGGGUGUAGGACCGGAGAAGGCGGCGCAGUUCCGGGGAUUGUAUUCGAGGUUACUCGCGCAGCCGGUGUUGGGGCAGAAGUGGGGAAUCCUUCACUUCUUGCUUAGGGUGGCGGAGGGUGUUGACGGGGCUGGGAACGGACAAGCGGACGGUGAUGGGGAGGGAGAGGUGGAGGGUCUAGGGAAGAUGGAGGACGGUGCGGGAGUGUACGAUGAGGCUUUUGCACGGAAUGGUCUGCCCAAAGUGCCGGAAGCUGAGGGCGCGGAUGCAAUGAGGCAGACACCGUUGAGAGGAAGAGCUGUGCCCGGACGACCACGGCCAGUACAAGCUGAAAGUCCGGCUACGGGACAGGGACGGGAACAGGAUACGGCAGGCAGUUCUUGCCCUCCAGAGUCUGCUUUACUGCGAGAUCUGCCUUUCACCCUCCAGGGACUGUCGUCCACGAACCUGGUGUUCUCUUCCGACAAAAGCUCAUUGAAGCUGCCACCCGCUUUGCCUGUCCCGCUCAUCGCACUCCUGCAUACUUUGGCGGAACCCUCAUUAUUGUACAGAUCGCUGUCAGAGUUCGUCGACUCGGCAGAAGGCGGCUUGGUAGGCCAAAGCCUGCGGUCAGCGAUCGGACAGGAAUUGCGAGCAUAUCUUAGCCUAGUCGCCACGCUCGAAGGCCAGAUCCGGCGAGCGCUAGCUCAGCUGGACGAAAAUCUGCCUCGUGGUGGAUUGGGCACAGCUGGCGUGACGCUAAAACGCUGUGUCGUCUGGACGAGAGAAGCGACGCUGGGAUUACGGCUGAUGUCGCUCAUCGUCGAGUCGGCGCGUGGCAAGAAGGGAGGCGAGCUCAUCAGUCUGGUCCACAAUUUCGCCACCUCGCACGGCGACGCCUUCGUCUUCACCUUCGCCGAGCGCCUACUAUCCACCAUCACGCGACCGUUCUACCACAUGCUGCGGGCGUGGAUCUACGACGGCGAACUGGAGGACCCAUACCAAGAAUUCUUCGUCGCGAAGAAUGGGGACUACGAAGACAGCGGCGCGACAAGUGUCUGGGAACACAAGUACCUGAUCAAAGACUCCAUGAUCCCCAGCAUCAUAACCCCGGACUUCGCGAACCGGGUCUACCUGAUUGGUAAGAGUCUGAACUUCAUCCGCUACGGUUGCGGCGACGGCGCAUGGGUGGAGAGCUACAGCAAAGCUGCCUCGCGCGAGCUGCACUACGGCGAUACGGCUACGCUGGGGUCGAGUAUAGACGAAGCGUACAAGACCGUGAUGGCGCGUUUAAUCAGCUUGAUGGAGACGAAAUUCGCCUUGUUCUCGCAUCUGAGCGCGUUGAAGAAAUACCUCCUCCUCGGACAAGGCGACUUCAUCUACUUGCUUAUGGAGAGCUUGUCAUCGAACCUCGACCGACCCGCCAACUCGCAAUACCGACACACGCUCACCGCGCAACUCGAGCACGCGAUCCGCAACUCGAACGCGCAGUACGACAGUGCCGACGUCCUACGACGACUCGACGCGCGCAUGCUAGAACUUAGCCACGGCGAAAUAGGCUGGGACGUCUUCACGCUUGAAUACCGGGUCGACUCACCAUUAGACGUCAUCGUCACCCCAUGGGCGAGCAAACAGUACCUCAAAAUCUUCAACUUCCUCUGGCGAGUGAAACGUGUCGAAUUCGCGCUUUCCAGCACUUGGCGGCGCGUCCAAACCGGUGCCCGAGGGGUCCUAGGAGCCGUGAGCGACAAACUGGGCCAAGACUGGAAGACCGCCAGGGGUGGGUUGGCGGAGAUGGUACAUUUCGUCGAUCAACUGCAGUAUUACAUUCUCUUUGAAGUCAUCGAGGCCGGAUGGGAGGGACUACAGAAGUCUAUCAGUAAGUCUGACGCUACGCUCGAUACGCUUAUUGAGGCGCACACGCUUUAUCUCCGCAGUAUCACGCGGAAGGGGUUAUUGGGGGGUGCAGGCGGGGUGGACUUCACAGCGCAGUUGCAUGAGUUGUUGAAGGGGAUGUUGGCGUAUAGGGAUGCGGUGGAUGGGUUGUAUAGUUAUAGUGUGGCGGUGUUCACGGAGAGGCAGGAGAGGGCGGCAAAGAUUGAGACGAGGACGCGGGCGGGGAGGUGGGGGAUCGUGGAGGGGGAGGAGGAUGAGUUGGGCUCACCCUUAUUUGCGAGUGGUAGAGGGCGGAAGGCGAAGGCCGGGGAAGGAUUAACGGAUUCGCCUAUCCCGCCUUUACUGUCGUUUGCUGGUGGCGGGGUGGAGGGUGAAAGAGAUGUGCUGGAGCAGCUACGACAGAGGUUGAAGAGUGUGGAGACAGACUUUCGGGCAAGGGUGAAUGUGUUAUUGGGCGAUCUGGCGUAUCAGCCGGAUGUGGACAUGCGGUUUUUGGGGGUGGUGAUGAACUUUAAUGAUGUUUAUGCUCCAGUUAGGAAGAGAAGG